AUGGGGAAACAAGACAUUUUAAAAGCAAAAUUUGCUUCAGUUUCAAAAGUGGAAAUCAAGUCGGAAAUAUCAGAAAAUGUCGCGGAAAUCGUAAGUUAUUUCUUUGCCUUGGUCUGUAUUUAGGUAACCAUGUUGUGGAUAAUAUGUAAACUAAACCUGCGCAUCUUUUAAGCAUAAUCCAAACCUUCAAAGCUCAUGCAAAGCUCCAGCAAAGAAGCCGAAAAGCGAUGUUGUAGUAGCUGACCUCAACCCUCAAACUCCAGCCAAUCCUCCAAAGAAAAAGGAGGAAAACGAUGUUGUCGUAGCUGAUCAAAAUCCUCAGACCCAGACGAAUCCUCCUCCGAAGAAGAAAAAGCGAAGAACGGCCAUUUGUGUAUCUAAAAGAGGAAAAAAGAGAAAACAAGCUGAAGAUGUAGAUGAAGAAAAAGAAUAUCUCGAAUUUGUGGAUAGAUUAUCAUACAAUGACAAGAUGUUUCACUACAGCAUGCGGCCGAAGUUUGAAACUACAGAGGAGGCGGAAAAACGAAUUGCAGAUGAAUUUGAGCGACUUUUCGUUACCGCCGGACCAGUUUACUUUGGCAAGGAAGAACAUCAAUAUUGCAUGCUCUGUAGUGCCAUAAUUACUAAGAUGGAGGACACUGUGCUGGAUGGAAAGGUCUGCAUGUAAGUUUUCAAUGCUUUCUCUAGGGCGUGCUGACUAAAAAAAAUUUUAUCAACAAAAUUUUAAUUUUGAUAUAGUAGGUUAUGGUGUUAUUACUGUAACUUUUGAAGUUUUAUGACUUUUCUAUUUUUUGUUUUUACUUUAGUUGGCAAUAUGAAUGAGCUACAAUAAUACAUGUUUUUCAAGUUGUUAUCUUUAUUUUUACAAAAGUUGUGUUGAAAAGAAGGUAAUGACUCAGUUUAAUUUACCUUUUUUCUCAAAAAAUUUGAUUUUAUUGGCUUUUUGGACAUUUUUUGCCUAUUUUCCUGACUAAUUACUAAUAAAUGUUACUUUUCAGAAAAUGCUACAACAAUGCCGAAUGCACAUAUGUAGAGCGAACUCCAGAUUUCAACGGAAAACUAAAAGAUAUAGUCGAUGGAGCUUUGUUCAUUCUCCGUUCUUUACUAAAACAAAGUGAAGCUUUCAACAAAGAAGGCUACCAACUAAUGCCAGUACAAUAUGUUCCGAUUGUCAAUGAGCACGGCUACGUACUGGAAACGGACACUUUCCCGAAAUGGUACACCAGAGAUGGCAAUAUGUUUAAUGAUCCAGGUGCAUGUGGAAGAUGUGCCAGAUACAGAAAAGCUGCUGCCGGACUUUGCGACAUUUGCAAGUCCAGAAGAGAUACGAAGGCCGAGAGUAAAUGCUUCUUUUGUAAUGCACCGGUAACAAAUAUUCGGAUGACUAUUGGAGAGGCUAUGUGCAAGUAAGUUUUUGAGGGGGGGGGGUGGAUAGGGGGUAUUUUUGAAUUUUCUGAAGGGGUAUGUGGCUGCUGGUUCGAAUACUUGUAUAAUAUUUGUAUAUUAGAGGUAUGUUUAUAUAAAGUACUCCAAAAUGUUAAGGGCGCAGCUUGUAAAGGCUCUUUAUUAUUUUACUAUUUGAUUCUUAUUGUAACAUAAUUUUCAGAAAAUGCAUGAAAAUUCCUUGCAAGCCCCUAACCCAUCCCCAACACACUUCACGUCAGAUUCUGCUAAAAGUCAAGGACAAGCGGAUCGACCAAUUGAAACGAAGAGCAAGACAACGAAAAGCACGUUUUCGUACCAAGCCAAAACUAACUAAAGGAACUACACUCAAAGAAUUUGAGAAAAAAGUCUUGAUCAGACAGGAACAAGAAGCGGAACGACAACGAGUCGCUCGAGAAGAGCGAAUUCGUCAACGUAUGGCCAAGAAAGGCGAUAAGUAUGAGAGUCCAUUGGUGGAAAUUAAAGAGGAGGAGGAAAUUGAGGCAGGUUUUUGGAAUUUUUGUUUAAAAUUUUGAAAAAAAUAUGGGCGGGGUAAUUUUUUAGGGGGGGGGGUGGGAUGAAAUUUUUUUUUAGAAUUUGUAUAUUUUAUGACUAAGGAACUUCAGGAUUGUUAUCGAAAAAAAUUUUUUUGGGGGGAGAUGCACAAAUUUUUUUUAGUUUUUUAAAAAUUAUAUUAUGUACCUGGUACAGCGCUGAGCCCUAGGUCCAUAAUUUUAGUUUUUAGUGUGAUGGCACUGUUUUUAAACUCACCUUUCAAUUUUAGUGGUCAUUCGUCUAA